AUGCUCGCAGUCAGCAACACGUCUGGUUCUCCUGGUGUCACCACUGAGGCUUCGACCCACGAGCCAUUGGCCCAACCCGAAGCCUUUCAAGGCGCACCAACCAGCGAAUUCGGCCACCAAUCGUCAAGCGAUGUCGAUGGUGAUGGCGAGGAUGCUUCAGAAGCUUCACACGACAUAGAAUUCGACCCAACACAUUGUCUCUUUUGUAUCAAGACCUGUGAAAGCAUCGCCUCAAAUCUCGAACACAUGGCCAUAUCCCAUGGCAUGAUGAUCCCAUCACCGCAUCAAUUGACUGUUGAUCCAACAACUCUGCUCACAUACUUGAACCUCGUCAUCUCAGUCUACCACGAAUGUCUGACCUGCGGCACACAAAGACGCAAUGCCCAAGCGAUCAAGCAGCACAUGCUUGGAAAAAAGCAUUGUGCUUUCGACAUCUCUGAUGUAGAGUCCGAGUAUCGGGAGUUUUGGGAUCUGGAGGGAGAAGGUUCAGGACUCGAAAUCGACGGCGACAACAUUACUCUGCCUUCGGGAAGAGUGGUCACGUCUCGUUCUGUGCGGACCACGCAGCAUCAUCACAGAUCGUCAGGAUCGAGUGCAACGCCGCUGUCUCUCUUAAAUUCAUCACCCACCGAAGCUUCGGGUCUCGACACUCCUUCGGCGUCCGGCCAAUCUAAUCAUGAGCAAGCACUCACAAGACAAGACGUGCGCGCUCUAAGAGUCGAUAAACAGCUCAGCACGCUCAGCUCCAGUGACCGUCUUGCCCUCGCACAUCUUCCGGCUCCCCAACAACGUGCAGUACUGCUCGCCCAACACAAGCAAUUACAAUCGGCCAGACGACAGGAAAGAGCUUUUGAAGCAAGACUCCAAAGGAAGAACAAUCAGACCUUGAUGAAACAUUUCGUGUCCGAUGUGCCGGGCCCGAAGCUUGGUUGA